AUGGUCGCUUAUGUUUAUCAAAAAAUCACUUCGUAUACUGCGCGACUCUCGCGACGAAUCGGCUCGUGGCCUCAUCUCAAAGGAUUAGCUCUAGCCGAUCCCGAUCCUUCCAGUAAGGAGAAAAUAAAUGCAUUAAUUGGAGCCGACCUCUACGGCUACCUCCUUCUCGAAUCUCUUCGAAAAGGCCCUGUUGGGUCUCCGACGGUCCAACUUACUACUUUGGGCUGGAUAAUCUCCGGUCCUACAAAUGCAACGCGCGUUACGUCCCAGUUGGACCAUUCGGUAAUGCAUUGCGCCCUCGCCACCGACGAUGACGCAUUAAUCAGAUGUUUUUGGGAAAUAGAAGAAAUUCCCACGAAACAAUUUCUUACGCCCGAGGAGGAGGAAUGCGAAACUCACUUCCUUAAAACGCAUUCCCGCGAUCCCUCCGGUCGCUAUAUGGUACGAUUGCCAUUCCGCGGUAACUCCGUUCCUGAUCCGGGCACCAGUCACCAGAUCGCGCUCAAAAGAUACACGCAUCAUGAAACGCGUCUCAAGAAAAAGCCGGAGCUAGUAAACGAAUACACCGGUUUCUUAAAAGAAUACGAAUCAAUGGGGCAUAUGGAAAGGGUUCGCGAGCCUGACGUGAGCAUCAACCCGGUUUACAUUCCGCAUCAUCCUAUUAUUCGCGCUAGUAGCACCACGACCCGCGUGCGUGUGGUUUUUAACGCCUCCAGCAUAACGUCGAUCGGUACGUCGCUGAACGAUCAUUUACACAUCGGCCCCAAAUUACAGAGCGAAAUAGGCGGCGUUCUCUCCCGCUGGCGACGACACCAGUUCGUCUAUAUCGCCGAUAUUGAGAAAAUGUUCCGCCAGAUACUGGUGCAUUGCGAAGAUUCGGAUUAUCAACGUAUUGUCUUCCGGCCAGAAUCGGACGGUCCGAUACAAAAGUAUCGUCUCUUGACCGUAACGUACGGUACAGCCUGCGCGCCAUAUCUCGCCAAUCGCGUGUUACUUCAACUCACCGAGGACGAGGGAAGCGCAUUUCCCGUAGCCGUUGACGUGAUCCGUAAUUCGACUUACGUGAACGAUGUUUUCUUCGGCGCCGAUGAUCUCGAGAGUGCACGAAUGAUUCGCCAACAACUCCUGUCUCUGCUGAAACGUGGCGGGUUCCAUCUACGCAAAUGGGCCUCGAACGACGUUGAAUUAUUAACCGGAAUUUCUACCGCGGGUAAUGACCUCGCUAUCGACUUAUCCAAAGAUGACUCAGCAGUCCUUAAAGUUCUCGGCAUCACGUGGCUUCCGAAGGAAGACGUGUUCAGCUUUCAAUUCGGCGAAAUACCGCCAACUCGGAGUAUUAAGCGCUCAGUACUCUCACUAAUCGCGCGCUUGUUCGACCCAGUCGGUUGGGCCUCUCCCGUGAUAAUUAACGCAAAAAUACUCAUGCAAGACCUAUGGCUCGCCAAAAUUGAUUGGGAUGACUCAGUUCCUCCACCCCUUCUUGAAAGGUGGAAUACUUAUCGGCAUGAUCUGCCUAAAUUAUCGAAAUUACGUAUUCCGCGUUGGAUCUCUACUACUGCUACUCGAGAGCAUUGCGCUAUUGAGCUUCACGGCUUCGCGGACGCGUCUCAACGCGCGUUCUCUGCCGCUGUCUAUAUUCGAGUUUUAAAUUCUCCGACGGACAUAUCCGUUUCAUUAUUGGCGGCCAAAUCUAAAGUCGCACCCCUUAAAACUGUAUCCAUUCCACGUCUUGAACUGAAUGGAAUUGUAUUGCUUGUCCGACUACUUGAAUACGUCAAGCAACAAUUAAAUUAUGACUUAAUCUCAGUGCACGGCUGGACUGACUCCACUGUCGCACUCGCGUGGCUCACCCAGCAUCCCUCACGCUGGAAGCCUUAUGUCGCAAAUCGGGUCUCAGAGAUUCAAACUAAAAUGCCUGAAAUUAAGUGGCAUCACGUCCCUACGCACGAUAAUCCAGCAGAUUGCGCGUCCCGGGGAAUUGCAGUUGAGGAAUUGCUUCACCACCCGCUCUGGUGGUCGGGCCCCUCAUGGCUUCGUCAGAAUUCCGCAUUUUGGCCAAAUGCACGCCCUUGCGCGCUGACAAACGACCUUGUCCACCCUCAAUCGGUUCUACAAGAACAACGCUCCAUUGCAGCGAUCCACGUCGCUCAAAUCACUGAGGAGUGGGACCUGCCCUUACGGUUUUCAAGCUGGGGGAAACUUCUUCGCGUCAUAGCGUUCCUUUUCCUCUGGUUAAGGAAAUACCGUGCUCGGAAAUUCAACCAAUCCGCAGCCUCAACUACUCUGUCAGUAGAAAACUUAUGUGAAGCACGCGAUUUUUGGAUUCGCCGCGUUCAACACGCGCACUUCAAAACGGAGAUUCGAGCGCUGCAGUCGAACGCUGCUCUUCCGCGAUCAAGCCCCCUCAAAGCACUUAAUCCUUUCCUUGACGGGAACGAUCAGUUGCGUCUUGGUGGGCGGUUACGUCAUUCGUUCCUUUCUUAUGACGAACGAUUCCCACGUAUUCUACCCCGCCAUCGCAUCAGUGAACUAAUUAUCUAUCAAACGCAUGUGCGCUCGUUGCACGGAGGCACUCAGCUAACGUUACGCCUGUUGCGUCAAAAUUAUUGGAUUCUUGGGGCGAGAUCCCUUGUAAAGUCGCGAAUUAAUCGGUGUCUAGCUUGCGUACGCGAACGCGCGGUCACGGCGAGCCAGCUCAUGGGAAACCUUCCGUCACCUCGAGUCAAUCCGUCACCUCCCUUCUUACACAGCGGCGUGGACUCCAUUCUAGCGCUUUUUAUCUGUCUUGCAACGCGCGCGACUCAUCUUAAAUACGUCGAUGACUACGCGACUUCUGGUUUCCUUGCCGCCUUCAAAAGAUUUACUAGUAGACGAGGUUGUCCGACUGACAUCUACAGCGACAACGGCACGAACUUCCAAGGCGCCGACAACGAAUUGCGUCGCAAGUUCGUAGCCACCCUCAAAGACCCUGCCUUACGUGAUAAUCUCACGACGGACGGAAUCCAUUGGCAUUUCAUUCCAGCCUCGGCCCCGCACUUCGGUGGCCUUUGGGAGGCCGGCGUAAAAAGCUUCAAGCGCCAUUUGAAGCGCGUUGUCGGCAAUCACACUUUAUCUCAACUAGAAUUGGCAACCCUAUUAUGUCAAAUUGAAGCGUGUCUCAAUUCGCGUCCACUCUCACCCCUACGAGACGACGCGGAAAUCUUCGAAGCUCUCACUCCUGGCCAUUUUUUAAUUGGUCGCCCUUUACUCAGUAAUCCUGAGCCAUCGUUACUCGAACUGAAGGAAAACUUGGGUUCCCGGUGGCAAAAGGUUCAGGCUAUGCUUGAGCAAAUUUGGAAAGCCUGGACUAAAGACUAUUUGCACACGCUCCAACAGCGCUCUAAAUGGCGCACCUCUGCGCACUCCUUGAAAUUAGGUGCCCUAGUCCUUCUCAAAAACGAAUCACUCCCGCCAACGCGGUGGGAAUUCGCGCGUGUGAUUGAUACUCAUCCAGGUCCCGAUGGACUCGUUCGCGUCGUAACACGGCGCACCGCGAAAACGACUUUGAAGCGCCCGAUUACGAAAGUGUGUCCGCUUCCUUGCGAUUCCGUUCCAAACACGCCGGAAACUUAA